AUGCCAUGUAGUGCACUCAACGGAAGUUAGUUUCACUAAUCAUUAACCGAAGAAAUAGCCUUUUUUUUACCGAAUAUAAAAGUUUUUCUUUAAUUUAAAGGAAAGAAUAGAUCCGAAAAGAAAUAGAAUGUAUUAAAUAAAUUUUUUAAUGAGAAUAUUUUGCAUUUAAUCCAUGUGCGUGUGAAUGGUGUGUGAAUUUAGUGAAUUAUGAGGUGUUUCUAUGAAAUAAUCACCACAUGGCUUAUUUUACUUAUUACAAGCACAUGUGUCGCCCGAGAUGUCCAAAUUGUCGAUCAAUGGGCGGAGACACUGGGAAAUGAGAUUUUUGAAAUGGCUAAUGUCGUGGCACAACCAAAUGUAUUGAAAGCCCGUUACAAAGAAAUGAAUACAAAGGUGGUUCAUAAGUCUGGCGAUGAAUUGAUUGAAGUAAUAAGAGAGAGUGUCGGCCGGAUGUUGCAUCGAAAAAUGGAUGCUGUACGUUGUAUUCUAAAGGCGGCAGAAAGCGCAUCUGAAAAUUAUGAGACACUUGAAAAUUACGAUGGCCUGACCUAUGUUAGUGGCAAAUUUAGUGAGGCACUCGAUGAAGAAGUUUUGCUUCCUGAAAAUUUACGAAAUGUUUCAUAUAGUGAAAUGACUUUGACAGCAGAUUCCCAUUUUUACAACAUUCCUGUAAAUAUAAAUUAUUCCUCCGUUCAAAUUCCAACGAAUGUUUAUGAUUUAUCGCAUCCAGUCGCUGAAGCGAUAAGUUGGUCCGAAGGAUUAGACGAAACAUUUAGGCAAAAUUAUAGAUCAGAUCCCGCUUUAUCGUGGCAGUAUUUUGGAUCAACGACAGGAAUGCUGAGACAAUAUCCAGCAAUGAGAUGGAAAACAUUGAAUCCCAAAGACAGAAAUCAAUUGGGCGUUGAUCCAUAUGAUUGUCGAAUUCGAAGUUGGUACAUUGAGGCCGCUACUUGUAGCAAAGAUAUGGUUAUUCUCGUUGACAAUAGUGGAAGUAUGACCGGAAUUGGAAAAUCGAUUGCAAGAAGAACAGUUUGGUCUUUAUUGGAGACCCUAUCGAACAAUGAUUUUGUGGCCAUUAUGAAUUUUUCCGAUACCACUCAAGAUGUGGUGCCAUGUUUUAAAGAUCGAUUGGUUCAAGCAACGCCGGAAAAUUUGAAAAAGUACAAUGAACUUAUGCUCGAAAUGAAACCGGAUGGAAUAGCAAAUUUAACGGAAGCAUUUAUCAAGGCGUUCACUCUCCUAAAGAAUUACCGAGAGACGCGAGGUUGUGGACCCCAGACACCAUGCAAUCAAUUAAUAAUGCUCGUCACAGAUGGAAUUGCCAGCAAUAUUACUGAGGUUUUUCAGGCAUGGAAUUGGGCGGAAAAUGGUACAAAUAUUCCAGUUAGAGUAUUUACAUAUCUUUUGGGUAAAGAAGUGACGAAAGUACGGGAAAUACAGUGGAUGGCAUGUUUAAAUAGAGGUUACUACGUACACGUUCAUAAUCAAGAAGAAGCACGGGAACAAGUGUUAAAAUAUAUUAACGUUGUAGCUAGACCUCUAGUCCUCCAAGGGGUGGAACACCCGGUAAGAUGGACCCACGUUUAUGCAGAUGUUACGAAUCCUGCACUGUCCACGUGGCUCUGGUUGGUAAUGGACCACGAGGAUCAAAAAUCCCGCCUUCAGAAACAUCUGAAAGGAAAAGAACUGGGCGUCAGAGUUAAUGAAGACACCAUCUACAUUAAACAGAUGGAUAUGGGAGAAGACGUGAGGGCAAAUCCAUCGGAUUUAAAUUCAACAUUAUAUCAAGAGUAUAGACUCUUAUUAUCAGUCAGUAUUCCAGUGUUUGAUUUGAAGGGAAAUAAAAAUAAUCGUACAAGACAAGCAAAUCUUCUUGGUGUUGCUGGUACAGAUGUUCCGCUUGAUGAGAUUGGCAAAUUAACAUUACCAUUCAAAUUAGGUGUCAACGGUUAUGUUUUUAUAGUCUCAAAUAAUGGAUAUGUUAUUUUGCAUCCCGAUUUACGUCCUGUAUCAAAUGGAGAUCUUAAACCCAAUUACAAUAGCGUUGAUCUCACUGAAGUUGAAAUUCUCAAUGAUGACAGUGGUCCACGUCAACCGGGACAAGAUAUUUUAAAGCUGAGACAAAUGUUGGUGGAUCAUGCAAAUGGAAGUAUGAAAAACGUUUCAGUUAAACUUCAUUAUGACGCUAAUAAGCGAGUAACUCUGGAGUAUCGCGAUUAUUUUUAUCGAUCAUUACCUGGAACACCAUUUGGAAUUGCAGUUGCAUUAUCGAAUUAUGGAACCACUUGGAUUAAGGUAGGAGACGAAAUUAGCAGAACAUUAAAUAAGAACAUCAAUAUUUUGGAUUUAUUCACUGGAAAUUAUUGGAGAAUACAUCCUGGUUGGAUUUAUUGUCGAUAUCAUUAUCCAGAGGGUCAUAAAGAAAGAGGAGAAAAAGAAUUGUUACAUUUUAUCAAAUACUUUCAGGACAAUACAAAACGUGGCGAACCUUGGUACAUGCCAAGCCAAUACGAGACUGAUGAACACGAUACGGAGUUAAAUUGUACCAGAAGAUCACUCGAUCGAGAAUCUUAUUACUGUAAUGAGGAAUUAAUGCAACUUUUGGUCUUUGACGCUAGAGCAACUUAUAAAAGUUUUGUUGAAGAUUUUCGAAUGAAUUAUCUCGCGAAAACGUAUAAUGUAUUUUUACGUUUUAUUGCGACGCAAAGUGGACUCACUAGAUGGCAAUAUAUAGGGGACAAAAAAAUUGGCAAAGGAACGUAUUAUGAUAAAAUUGAAUUUGGUGAUUUACAUAAGAAAGCCGUGAAUGAACCUUGGUAUAAGGGUGCAAUCUUUCAACAUCAAGUGGAUCCUACCAGUGUUUCCAUAACUGUGCCUCCGAAAUCAACAGUCAAUCCAAUAGUAACAGUUUCGAUGGGAAUAUUUCCAAAAGAUGGAGGUUUGGAGGCUCCGGCUGCAGUUGUGGGUUUUCAGAUGCCCAUGAAAGCUUUUCUUGCUCGCUUCAAGAACAUUACUUCACGAACAAACAACGAGUACCUCAAUUGUGCUCUAGAAUGGAUGCAUUGCUAUUUAAUUGAUCAAAAUGGUUAUAUAGUGAUAGCUGAAGCUGAUUUCGAUCCGGUUGGCGAUUUUCUUGGAAUUGUUCAUGGACCCAUUAUGCAAUCCCUAGUGCUCCAGGGAAUAUUCAGUCCGGUAGAAAUUUACGAUUAUCAAGCAUUUUGUGAGAAUAUUGUAAGUACAGUUCCUUUUUCAUUGAAUGUUUGUUUUCUUCUUUUGAAUAUAAUUGGAAUAUGUUACAUUUUUCAGGUUAAGGCUGGUUCUGGAAAUUCCCUUAUAAAUCCAUUAAAGUAUUUAAUGAAAUUCUUCUCUUGGUUUGUAAUGCGAGUGGCAUGGUACGCUGUACAUUUGAUGAAUUUACCAGUUACUUUAGCUGAGGAAGACGAUGAUUCUCCUGAGGCUAAUUUACCUCAAGAACCUUUGUCUCAAGAGCAUGAGGAAAAUCAAAGAUAUCCUUGCGAUGAGAAGAGAACACUUUAUAUUAUGGAUCAAGUGGAAGCUGCAAAAGGCGUCACUAAUUCAUCGAUUCAGUGUUCCAGGCCCUUCUAUGCUCAAAAAGUACCCCAUACAAACCUCCUUCUAUUGGUUGUCAAUGUUUUAUCAAGUACCUGCGAAGUUCGAUUAAGCAUCGAACCGGAAAUAAUAGAAGUUGAUACCUUCACAAAUGCCACUGAGGGUAGACCUUGUCACAAAAUACCUCUAAAUGAUUUAUCACGACGACGAUUGGAAUCCUGUUUCACGGAGCAUCACCUGGAGGAUGAAAUUGAUGCAUGUGGAGGUGCAUCAGAACUUCAAGUUUCUUCAUUAUUAUUAUUAUUGAUGAUUAUAAUUUGUCAAACUGUAUGUAAGUUCUUUGUAAAAUAAUUUAUUUCUAUCUCUGUUA